UGCAAAACCUUGUCAUCGUUGUAAUUAGAAAACCAUUGCCAAAAGCACUGAGAGAGAGAAAUCGAAGAAUCUGAGCAUUGUUGGUGAAUAUAUUGAUGAGGGUAGGGGAUGAGCAAGGAUGGAAAGUUGAGACGACUUCGGUUGAUGCAGGAGUUGGAGGAAAAGAGGGGUUUUUUGCGUCUCCGUCUACUGGUUCAGUAUUGGGCCUUUUCUUUCUGUAGGUUGCUGGCAUUAAUAGAAAAUUCAACAAACUGUGGGUUCACUGAAUUUGAGAAAGUAGAAGACGAGUGGACUGGAAGGAGACUGAUGUGGUUGCGUUGUGCAAAACCCUUUUGCCACUUAGAAGCCAUAAGAAAAUCUUCAAAAUCUCCAUGGAUCUUUUUGUCUUUGCUCUCUUGUUCGGACACUGCUCACACAAAAGCAAAGUCUGCUCCUUUGCAGGAAACCAGAAUGAGAGACAGGUUUAUGCUAAGUGCUAAAGGAGGUGAUGGCGGCAAUGGUUGCUCAAGUUUUCGUCGUAGUCGGCAUGAUCGUCGUGGCAAACCUGAAGGUGGAAAUGGUGGGCGAGGCGGUGAUGUGAUUUUAGAGUGUUCCCCCACAGUUUGGGACUUCCGUGGUUUGCAUCAUCACGUAAAUGCGGCAAAAGGGGGUAAUGGAGCUUCAAAAAAUAUGGUAGGAACUCGAGGGGACGAUAAGGUUGUCCAAGUACCUGUUGGCACUGUAAUUCAUCUUUUAAAGGGUGAACUUCCAUCUAUAGUUCAAAACUGUUCUGAUAAAGACUUGGAUCCCUGGGAACUUCCAGGCACUCUUCAUGCUGAUCAAUCAGAAUCCUACAAGGAGUCUUUCUUCAAGAGUGCGGACAUAGAAGAGAAAGUUGUGUCAUCGGAUAAGACUGGUGCUUCAUCAAUUGAAGGUAAAAGAACCGUAGAGCAACUGGCAAGCAAACAAGCUAGUCAAGCAGAAUCAGCAGCAAUGGAAAACAUGCAAUAUAACAUGCAAUUUCAAUGUUGCAGAAGUUAACAAAAUCAGUGUCAGCAAUGACUUGUUGCUCAUGGAGGUGAAGGUGGUUUAGUAGAUGGCAUCUUCUCCAUGUUUUCUGAAGAGAGGCUAUAGUUUAGUAAGCCUGGAUGCCAAUAAUAUAGAGCACUGUAACCUGAAAUGCCAGUGAGGAUCAGUUCCUGCCCUCAGCCUUGCGGUUUGCUGGCUCCUGAGGCAAUUUCUUAGUAUUGGAACUGAAAUAGCUAUUGCUUUCUAGUAUUGGAACUGAAAAGCAUUGCUGAUGUAGGCCUUGUUGGGAUGCCAAAUGCAGGUAAAAGCACUCUUUUGGGAGCUCUAUCUAGGGCAAAGCCUAGGGUAGGCCAUUAUGCUUUCACGACUCUUAGGCCGAAUUUAGGGAAAUUGAAGUUUGAUGACCUCUCAAUGACAGUGGCUGACAUUCCAGGACUCAUAAGGGGUGCUCAUGAAAAUCGUGGACUCGGACAUGCUUUCUUACGACACAUAGAACGUACUAAGGUUUUGGCUUAUGUAGUAGACUUGGUUGCUGGAUUAGAAGGUAGAAAAGGAUUUCCACCAUGGGAACAAUUAAAAGAUUUGGUCUUAGAGCUUGAACACCAUCAAGACGGCCUUUCCGACCGGCCUUCAUUAGUAGUGGCAAAUAAAUGAAUUGACGAGGAAGGGGCUGAAGAAGUGUAUGAAGAAUUGAAAGAAAGAGUGCAAGGUGUUCCUAUAUAUCCUGUAUGCGCCGUCUUGGAAGAAGGGGUACCGGAACUGAAAGCUGGUCUUAGGAUGCUUAUGGAUGAUGGAAAAUUAAAGGGACUCAGUUUAGAUAAAAUUGAUUGCUCGUGAUAAAUUUGAUAGAAAUACUAAAAAAUGUGUUUUUAUGAUUGUGAAGUUGGAAGAAAAUUUAUGGCUAGCAUGUUAGUUUCAAUUUUGAAAUUCACAUGGUUAUCUUCAAAAGUGAUAUAAGAGAGUAAUGAAUCACUGAUA